UAAAUAUUAAACAAAGUAAAAGUGCCAGAAUAUGUGCUCAGCAAUUGAUUAUUUUAGUGUAAUAUGCUAUCUCUUAAUUUUUUUACUAAGUAAUUGUUCAUCAAUACCCUUAAAUCAAUUGAGUGAACAUCAGUUUCACCCAGAUGUUGGAUUGAAUAUAUCCCAAUUGCUGAAACGUCAUGGUUAUCCAUUUGAAGGACAUACCGUUGUAACUGAAGAUGGUUACAUCUUGGCGUUACACAGGGUACCACAUGGAAUUAACAAUAAAAGCGAAGAAGUCGACAAGCCGGUAGCACUUCUAGUACAUGGAUUGAUGAGUCAAUCCAUAGAUUUCUUGAAUAACGAACCUGAACACAGUCUUGGUUUCCUAUUAGCUGAAAAGGGUUACGAUGUCUGGUUGAUAAAUUUAAGGGGAAAUACCCAUUCUCGAAGACAUAUUUCUUUAGAUCCAGAUACAGAUAAAGACAAAUUUUGGGAUUUCAGCUGGCACGACUCUGGAAUAUACGAUCUACCUGCAACAAUCGAUUACAUUUUAAGCCAUACAGGUCAAUCGCAACUCUAUUAUUUUGGACACUCUAGAGGAACUACUGCUUUUUUCGUCAUGGCUUCAUCCCUACCUGAAUACAACCAGAAAAUAAAGUUGAUGACUGCUUUAGCGCCUGUAGUAUUCAUGCAGAAUAAUAUAGACCCGUCAAAAAGACUUAUGGCAGACUUCCUAGCAGGAUUGAAGGUUACUGCCAAAGUUUUAGAUAUUCACGAGCUCAUGCCACAUUCUGAUUCCAUACUGACAAUAGUGAAAACUUGUUGCUACGAAGGAUCAGUAUGUGUUAAAGAAUGUGAAAUGUAUUUCGAACAAAGUUUUGGACAUGCCCCAACAGAGUUCAAUAUGACGUUACUUCCUGUAUAUUUGUCGAAUACGCCUGCAGGAUUUUCAGUAAAAGAUGGAUUUCACUAUCUGCAACAUUUCAAGAAUGGAGGUCGCUUCAGACAAUAUGACUAUGGAUCUUCAAUGAACAAAGUCAAGUAUGGCCAAUCAAUUCCCCCAGAAUAUAAUUUGACGAAUGUUGUGACACCUGUGGCUCUUCAUUAUGCACGUAAAGACAAGGCAACAGGGUACAAGGAUGUUGAACAUUUGGCUAAGAUCUUACCCAACUGUAUCAGAUUAAGUUUGGUGCCAUUGGAAGAUUUUGAUCACGUUAAUUUUAUAUGGAGUAAUCAUAUUAAGACUUUGGUGUAUGACGAAGUGUUCGAAGACUUGAAGAAGUAUUAGUUUGUUAGGGUAACACCUGAAUGAACAUUGUUAAAUAAUGUAAGCACUGCUAUUUAUUCGAAUUAAAUAUGUUUUCAAAA